AUGUAUUGUACUUUUGAAAAGUAAGAAGAUCUGUAUAAGGUUUUAGCGAUGUCAAAAUAGAUUGACGUAUUAAUUUACAGUGUGCUAUUUGAAAUAUUUAGAAAAGAGGAGAUUUCUGAUAGUCUGGAAUUUUUUUCAAAAUGUGAAAAUCAAACUCAUUUUGAAUAAUAUAUUUUGCAAGUGGAAAAUUUAUCAUUCUUUUAAAAGGAGUAAUGGCUAUAAGUUGGAUAAACUAACAUUUAGAUGAUUACUAAUGUUAUCAAAAAAUUGAUGGAUCAUGAUUUUAAUUAUUAAAAUUAUUCUAAGGAAACCUACAGAAAAACGAGAGAAGAAUUAAUUAAAAAAAUAUCAGAGGAUAAACUGAUAGUGGAAUUUUUAAAAUUUUUAGUUAGACUAACAGCUAUAGAUAAUAAAUUGAUAUAAUGUGGAUCAAAUUCCUUUAAUUUAUUAGUUUAAAUGAAAGUUAAUUUUAAAUAACAUUCCUUUGAAAAUAUCAAGAUUAGAGACUCUUCACUAAUAGGAGCAAAUUUAUUUUAGUGCAAUUUGAGCGGAUCUGAAUUUUCAAAUGUGGACAUAAGUGGAGUGAAAUUAAAUGGAGCCUUGUUAUUUAAUUGUAAAUGGAAUAAUUUAAAAAUUCAGGAGUUACUUUAGCUAAAUGGUCAUACCGAUUAUGUCCGAUACGUAUGCUUCUCACCAGAUGGUUCUACAUUAGUUUCUCAUAGUAAAAAUAACUUUAUCUAUUUGUGGGAUGUUAAAACAGGGAAAUAAAAAAAAAGGUUUUAUCAUCAUCAUUAAUAUUUUGUCAAUUCAAUAUGUUUCUCUCCCAAUCGAAUUACAUUGGCAUCUGGUUGUGAAAAGGGGUUGAUUUUUUUAAGUUGUGUAUAAACUGGAAAAAAGCAAUUAAAAUUAAAAAGCCAGAAUGGAAUAAUAAAUUCGCUGAGUUUUUCUCCUGAUGGUACAGCAUUGGCAUCCGGCGGUUAAGAUUAAUCCAUCCUUUUGUGGGAUAUAAAGACAGGACAAUAAAAACUCAUUUUAAAUGGUCAUUGUAGUAAAGUUCAAUCAUUAUGCUUCUCUUGCGAUGGUACUACAUUAGCAUCUGGUGGUCAAGAUUCCUCUAUCCGCAUAUGGGAUAUUAAAGCAGGAAAAUAACAACUUCUCUUAAAUGGUCAUGGUGGUAGAGUUCAAUCAUUGUGCUUCUCAUCUGAUGGUACUACAUUAGCAUCAGGUAGUACAGAUAAGUCUAUCCGUUUAUGGAAUGUCAAGUUAGGAAAAUAAUAAGCGAUAUUAAAUGGUCAUAGUGAUUGUGUCAAUUCAAUAUGCUUCUCUCCGAAUUGUUCUACUUUAGCAUCUGGUAGUAGUGAUAAAUCUAUACGUUUAUGGGAUGUCAAUUCAGGACAAUAACAAUCCUAAUUGGACGGUCAUGUUGAUAGAAUUGAAUCAUUAUGCUUUUCUUCUGAUGGUACUACAUUAGCAUCUGGUAGUGCAGAUUAGUCUAUCCGUUUAUGGGAUGUUAAGUUAGUACAUUAAUAAUUUGAAUUAGAAGGUCAUAGUGAUUGUGUCAAUUCAGUAUGUUUUUCCCCUAAUGGAGACACAUUAGCUUCUGGUAGUGAUGAUUUGUCUAUUCGUUUAUGGGAUGCAAACACAGGAAAAUAGCAAUUCAAAUUAGAAGGUCAUAGGAAUGAUGUCAGAUCAGUAUGCUUUUCUCCUGAUGGUACUAAGUUAGCAUCUGGCAGUGAUGAUAAUUCUAUUCGUUUAUGGGAUGUUCUAACAGGAUAACAAAAAUUGAAAUUAGAGGGCCAUAGUGAGAGAGUCUGGUCGGUGUGCUUUUCACCUGAUGGUACUACUUUAGCAUCUGGUAGUGAUGACAAGACUAUUCGUUUAUGGGAUAUUAUUACAGGACAAUAAAAAUCUAAAUUAUAGGGUCAUAGAAAUGAUGUUAGAUCUGUUUGUUUUUCUCCUGAUGGUGCUACAUUAGCGUCUGGUAGUGAUGACAAAUCUAUUCGUUUAUGGGAUAUUAAAACAGGGUAAUAAAUAUUCAAAAUAAAUGGUCAUGCAGAUUAUGUUACGUAAGUAUGCUUCUCUCCUGAUGGUACUACAUUAGCAUCUUGCAGUUAUGAUAAGUCAAUUUGCUUAUGGGAUGUUAAAACAGGAAAAAAAUAAUCUAAAUUAAUUGGUCAUAGUAGUAGAGUUCUAUCAGUAUGUUUUUCUCCAGAUGGUAAGACAUUGAUGUCUGGUAGUGGAGAUCUGUCUAUCCGUUUAUGGGAUUGUAAAACAGGGCAAUAAACUACCAAAUUAAAUGGCCAUAGUAAAUGGAUUCAAUCAGUAUGCUUCUCAUCUAAAGGUACUACAUUUGCAUCCGGCAGUAAUGAUUAAUCUAUCCGCUUAUGGGAAAUCAAUACAGGAAUAACAGUUCCAUCCUCAAAUAAAUGUAUUUAAGUCGUGCCUUCUAAAUUCAAAACCCCACUAUAAAACAAUCAAGUUUUUAAAGGUUGUAUUAAUUCAAUUUUAUUUAGUAAAUCCUAUUGUUUCUAUUUUGCUCAUAGCCCAAUACCAGCACUUUGAAGCAUAUGGGGCCCUUAUCUUUUAGGGAGAAUUUCUAAAUCAUUAGGGCAAAGAUUUAAGAUAUUUAUUCGAAUAAAGAGGAGGUUGUAUUUUGGAUAACCAAAAUUGA